GCGGAAAUGGUUCCUGUUGCUUGGCACCGAACUGCAGCUUAACUCAGUGAAGCUGCUGCCCAGACUUUCGUUUUCAUUUCUUUUGCCUGAAACUGUACCGAUGUUGGCAGAUUGAAGGAAAACAUGGCUGGCUUGGAGGUGUUGUACACCUGUGUCGCAGGUAACAUCACCUGCCCGCAGGACGCCGUUGUGUGUUUUGUUCACUGGGAGUUGAUAAAGAACGGAUAUAGAUGCAUCGGCUCAGGAGACGAGGCCCGCAGCGGUGAUAAGAAGUCCGAGCUGCUGCCUGCUGACUGGAGUAACAACAAAGAGCUGUACAGUCUGCGAUACAAAGCCAACAACAGUGACACCCAAAUGCUCCUCAAGGCAAUCACUGUUGAUUCCACCUUGAUCUUCAAUCUGAUGAACUCCAGCACACAGCAGGUGUCGGACUUAACGGUGAACAUCAACGACCACGUGAACACUGACCAGCUUCACACAUUUGACAGUGUGUUCAAAGAUGCAGACAGUUUGUCAGAGAAGGUGAAGACUCAGCUGCUGCCCCCCCAGGACAGACCGACCGGACAGAAAGCAGAGAGGAAGAGUCAGCGGGAUGAGGAAGAGGAGGAGCAGAGGAGAAGAGGAGAGGACAGUGACCCCCUCCGUAUUCCCAGCAGGAAUCCUCGCCAGGGGACACACCCUCACUGGUUGGUGACGAUACAAACUGUGCAUGCAAAACUUUACAACAAAACUCAUAAACUGAUUGUUAAAUAUGUACAUUUUACUGUCGUGUGUGACACACAGUUAUGGUUAGCACAUAUUUGUAAUGUUCCUGGUUUCUCUCUCGUUUGCAUUUGUGGAAAAAAGAGGAUACUGCCUGAAACCAUGAGUCAAAUAGAGAUAAUAAAGAAUGCCUUGCUUACUAAUUUUUCUAUAUCCACCUACUUUUGCUCAUUAAUGAGGUUCUCCCACCAGCAUAGGAUCAAAACUCCGCCUCCCCUCCUCAGGUCUCGCGGCGGUGGUGGGAUGAUAGUCGACCCUUUGAGGUCGGGUUAUCCUCGCUCUGGCUUUGACCCGUCUAGUGGGAUACCAGACAUUCUGCCUCCUGGAGCCGUUCCCCCAGGAGCUCGCUUCGAUCCGUUUGGACCCGUCGGACGUCACAGACCAGGGCCGGAUCCAGACCACAUGCCCCCUCCUGGCUACGAUGACAUGUUUAUGUAGUACCCUGGAUUGUUUCCCGUUUUUCUACUUCCUGUUUGCUAUUUACAUCAGCAUCUUUUCCUCCAGCCGAUAGCAGCCGCCUUCUCCUCUCUGAGGGUUUGGUUUCAUCCGUGUUUGUGGCCUGAAGAUUUUCAUUUUUCUCUUUUUGAGACGGAGGGUUUGUUUUCUGAUUGCUCAUUUCAUAUGAAUUAAAUCUUUUGGAUGCAAACUGACAUAACAAAAACCCAGUUACUGCUGUCUCAAAUAUCCAUUAGUUUGAAAUAAAAAAGUUGCUCCAAUGUAAAAGAGCCCCUAAAAACAAUGCCAUGCAGAUGAAGGUUUAUGCCGUUGCGCAUAAUAAACUCAUAUUUUGUCUUUUAUACUGA